GAGUUAAUUUCAAGUGCAGAGAAAUCACUUUUACUUGGUUUCCAAAGAUGCGACGACACUGAAAGUGAGUUUCAAAAACAAACCGGAUUUCCACCAAACUUAUAGCGCCAAAAUGGGCGAUAGUAAAAUACCUCGAGGUCUUUAAAGAUUCAGGUUCAAGCAAUACGAAAGCAAUGGGCUCAGAUGAGUUUCGAAGACACAGGCUAGUUGAUCGUUGUUGUAAUGGUGUUUGUUUUGGUAUUGGAUUUGUUGUAACUCUAAUCACACUAAUCACCAUGUUUUGGCUAGUCUGGUUCUAUUUUGGGUUGACUAUUGUUCAAGUUUCUAAUUCCCAGCGAAGAGCUUUAGUGGAUUAUUCAUAUGUUCCUCCAUCAACUUCCUCCCCCAAUCGAAACACGCCAUCAGAAGUUCCAGAAAGUUCCUUAAAUCAGAUUUCUAAACUCGCAACGGUAUCCUCAAGCUUUCCAAGAGUCGAUCCAACGGAAGUACUUGAAAAGAAACGAGAAAUUCUAAAUGGAAGGUCGUCCAGUCUCGCAAAGGGAGACUUUGCUGCAAGACCAAGAAGCAACAAGACUGGGGAUAUCGAUGAAAGUAGAACUGCUCUCAAUCGUGAAGCAGAAAAAAAACCAAAUGAUGAGGAAGAUGUUUCACAAAGAUCUCCAUCUUCACCAAACGAAAAAAAUGAAGAUAAAUCAAUAGAGAAGAAUCAUCGAAAUACAACAGGAAUACAACACGAUGAAAGAAGAAAUAUAAGUUCAAGUUCAAAAAGCAGAAUUAUCCCAACAGAAGUUAAUAAUUCAGAAUUUGCCAAUGAAAAAACAACGCAUCUUAAUCAAAGUGGUAGCACGCGUGAGGAAAUUCCUCCCAUUACUGUUGUGAAUUCCAGACUCCCCGAGGACGAUUUAGCAUCCAGAAAUCCAAAUUUCGAAAAUAGGAGAGAACUUCUUCCAGGCAAUAAUAAUAGAGACAGAGGAUUCGAUGAUCGGGCUGAUUCGGUACGUGAUAAUGAUCGAAGCGAAGAUGAUAAAAUGCCUAAAGGAGAUAGUCGAGUUAUACGACCUCCAUCUCAGGAGGACGUAAGACUGAGAGACAGAGACAGUGAUAGAGAUGACAGAUACAGAAAUUUAAAUACGAGACGACGAUGGGAUGUUGACAAAUAUGAUGAUAGGGAAGAUAGAUAUCGGGAUAGAAUACCCUAUGAUGAUAGACACGUGGAAGACAGGAAAAGAGAAGAUGAUAGCUAUGGACCAACAAGAGAUAACAGAAAUCGUGAUAGAAUAGUUGAGGAAGAUAGGAGUGUAGAUGAUCGACGUGAUCGGCGCAGAGGAGACGAAGGAAAGUACGACGAUAAAUCCUUUGAAGAUAGAUAUCGAGAUAGAAUAACUGUUCAAAGAUAUCCAGAUAAGAAAGAAGAAGACAGUGACCGUUAUGAUGAUCGAGAUAGAAGAAUUAACAGAGAUCGUUCUAGAGUAUCUUCCGAUGAUGAAUACUUUGAGAAAUAUCCAAAUGAAGAGAGGAAGAGCAGAGAUGAUUUUCAAGAUAGGCGAGUAAGAGAACAUAGGUAUCAAGACAGACAGACAGAUGAAAAAAGACGGCUGUAUCGUGAUGAAGAAAGAAGUAGAGAUGUUGCUGAAAGGUUUGAUGAAAGAUAUCCAACAGAAAGAGGUAAUGAUAAAAUACCAGAAAGCAGAUAUCGAGAUGAAUCUAGAAGAAGAUAUGAUGAUGACAGAGUUGAGGACUAUGAUAGGAGAAAAUUGACUAAAGAUGAUGAAUAUCGCUACAGAGAUAGAUUUAGAGAUGAUGUUGUCCAACCUAGUCGCACACGCAGCAGAACAGAUGAUAGAUAUAAUUAUCGAGAUGAAGCUGUAGAUUCUUCCAGAUACGAUUCUAAAGAAGAUCAUUAUCGCCCUGAAACUCGAGGCUCCGGCAGAGAUUCAAUACAGAGCAGUAGAACUGAUUAUGGCCCGACUCUUGAGGGAAUAAAAUAUACGCGGCAAACUGAAAGCACAAUAAACGAUCGCCGGUAUCUCAGUAGUGGCUCAAGAUCUUAUGUAGAAGAUGAUACAUCAGAUUUGAAAAGAGAUGUGGGUAUUGAAAAUCGUGACAGGAAAAUUUUUAAAGAUGAUGAUUUAGAUAAAUUUCCUCGCCUUGAUGGUAGAGAUAGAAUCGCUCCUACAAGAGUAAAAGAUGAUAGGUAUAUAACUCGAGAACCUGAUGAAGACGCAUAUGCGUAUGAAAGAAGAGUAGAUGGAUCUUAUCAGAAUAACAGGCGUCCCACUAUAAUAGAUACAAAAUACCAAGAUGAUGAUGACCGAUCUAGAAGAACACCAACUUCCACCAGAAUAGAAAGUUCUAGGAUAUCUCCAAGUGGCAGAAGAGAAUAUUAUGCAAGUGAUGAAAUUAAGCAACCAUCAAAACUAGGAAACGAUGAAAUAUCUUUAGAACGUAGAUCAUAUUCACCUGAGGAUGAUGAAUACAGACUUAGCAAUGCAAAUUCACGAUCAAGACCAAAUCAGCCUAUCAGUACUCCAUACGACGAUAGAAGACGCGAUUAUCGUUCAGAUGAUCCAAAUAAAAAAUAUACCGAUGAUGAUGACUAUGAGCGAAGCAGGCGCACUAAUGUGCGAAGUAGGGAUUCUACUCUAAGGGAUGAUGGUGUUAGAUAUGACAAAGACGGAAACAAAGAAGAUCGGUAUCGAGAUGCUUCAAGUAGAGAUAGAUUCGACAGGGAUGGACCUAUAAAUAGGGACGAACGCAGAGACAGAGAUGGACCUAUAAAUAGGAACGAACGCAACAGAGAACAAGAUGAAUAUAAUCGAAAGAGAGAUAAAUUUGAAGAUCCUAAAUAUGAAGAUGACAGAUAUGAUAGAAAUCGAGAUAGAUAUGAUGACCGAUAUGAAGAAGACAGAUACGAUCGAAACAGAGAUAGAUAUGAUUACAGAUAUGCGGAAGAUAGGUACGAUCGAAACAGAGAUAGAUUUGUCGAGGACAGGCAUGGAGAGGAACGGUAUGACCGUACUAGAGAUAGAUAUGAUGAAAGCAGAUAUGAUCGUGACAGAGAUCGAUAUGAUGAUGGUGCUGAAUAUAAAGAGAGCAGUUUAGAUAGAAAUAGGAGUAAAUAUAAUGAUGACAGGUAUGGGGAUAGAUAUGACAACCCAUCUGAACUAAAACCAAGUGAUACAUUACCAAUACGAGAGGAUAGAGAUGGAUCUCGUGACUUUUCUGGGACACGAUUACGGAAUACUUCACCACCCCGAUCUGAUGAACGAAAAGAAGGCUUUCUACCUCCAUCAGAUGGCUCCAAGAGACCUUUUCAUUCAGAUGUGGAUGAUCGAGGAUUGAGCUCAAAGGAUACAAGAUUACGAGAGUCUUCUUUCUCAUCCAUCUCUGAUUAUGACGCAGAUCGACCUCUUAGCGCAAAAGACGUUAUCGAUGCAGCACUUCGACAGGCAGAGAGCACUGAUCUUGUCCCCAAAAAAGUUUUUUAUCCCGUUUUCGAUCCAAGAAUCUCUAAUCUCACUUCAUCAGACAUAAUUAGGCCCAGUGAAAGGAGGGGUAUUACAAUAAAUUCGAGAAGACGACGAAAGCGUAAGACAUAUGUUGAUUAAAUGAAAUGCAAUAAUAAAAAGCAAAAAUUGCUUCUUUUGCUGUAUAUUAAGGUUUAUACUUUGUUACUUAAUAAAACAAUAUAUUCUUAAGUCAAUAGUUAAACUCAUUCCAAGUUUAAUCACUACAGAGAUGCUACGAGAAAUGUUAAAUAAUUUCUCAAGAUUUAACUUUAUCCUUUCAUAUACUUCUAAUAUUAAAACAAAUCCGUUAAAGGACUUCAUUAAUUUUGCAAUAAGAAUUGUAUUUCAAACGUUCUUUGACGAUAAUUAUGUUUUCCUUUAUAAUAUCAUACUGGUGUAAUUAUCUUGUAAUUUUUUCCAUGUUAAGAAAUAUUGUUUUCAUUGUGUAUAAUACAUUAAUCGCAAAUGUGCGCUUUGUCUUAGUGUCAUGAACUGUAUAAAAGUUUUUCCUGUAAUAAAUAUAAAUAAAACACAGA